GUCGCCAUUGCGACCAGCCACCUUCUUCCAAAGCAGCGAAAGCUUCACGCACUUGAGGAGGAGCCAGCUGAGAAUGGUGAGGCGCCGCUGCCACGCCUGGAGAUCACAAGUGAAGCCUUAGAGGCGUUGAUCACGCGCUGGACUGCCGAAAGUGGUGUCAGGUCGCUGGAGCGUCAUUUGGCACAGAUUUGCCGCUGGGCUGCGCUCAGACUACAGGGCGUGGACGUACCCACCGGACUCGGCCGGGAAUCCGUGCGGCAGGAGGCACUUGCGAAUAGCGGGCCGGAUCCGCAGGGGCGCAUCAAG